UCUGUCGGCUUUGUGUUCUUUUAUAAUCUAAUAAUCUCGCUGCGUAUAAAACAAAUCUUCUUUGACUUUUGGUACUAUUUAAGCUUGGCCUUACUUGAUUCCAAGAUUUCUUUCACCUCUGCCAUGGCGAGUUUUAUUGCAGAGUGUGAUGAUUCACAAGCCUUUAAUUUGAAUAGCAAUGUUUCUUUAUGUGUUGGAAAGCUACUGUCUUUUCUACUCUGUUUGAUGCAAGCAAUGCUUUUCAGGAUUUUAUGAUUUGACAAAUCUUGUUUGAUACUUUCUUUUCUUUUUCAAUUCUUUGUUGGUGGAUUGCAGGUUGGAGAAGGAUUUAUCGGAUUAUUUUGUCGUUUGAUAUUUCAGUGUGCAGCAAUGAUCUUUUUAUCGAUCUUGAUGUAAAGUGGAAUGGUUAUUUUGAUUGUUUUGUGGGAGGAAUAAUCUCGCUGGAGCAGGAAAGAUGGAUUUUUUUGCACGUGCUGGGCUUAUCUUCAAUGGAGAAUCUGCUUGCAUGAAACAAGGUGGCGAUGCUUGCGGUCCUGUGGGAAUACUCUGUUCGGAUACUUGCUCGAAUCAUUUACUUGUUAGCUUGAUCAGUUUGCUUCUGGUUUUUGCAUUCUUGAUCAACUUCUUUAUCAAGGCAGCUUUGUCAAGAAACUUUAGACUGCAAUAUCUCUUUAGUUUCUCUUCACCGUUGAAAACAACCUGCGCAGCUCUCAAUGGCAGUUUGGGAUUGGUGUAUUCAGGCGUUUUUGUAUGGAUUUUGGAAGAGAAAUUAACAAAAGGGACUGGCUUUUAUCCUCUUCAUUCAUGGCUGAUAGUUCUUUAUACAGGCUUAACUUGGGUGAUUGCUUGCUUGAUUGUGACCAUGAGAGUAGAAUUGCUUGGAGGGAUCUUUGCAAAAGUAUGGUCUGCAGCUUUGACCUUGUUUGAUGGAUUUCUCUGUGCAUCUUCCAUUCUAGAUUUAGUUGCAGUGAAGAGGCCGUCCAUCAAGCUCUACCUAGAUAUCAUUUCUUUGCCAGUAUCAAUUUUCAUGCUUGUAUUGGUCAUGAAGACGACAAAAACUUCAAUAGAUUCUGAAAGCAGUAACAUCUAUUUCUAUGAGCCUUUGAAGGCUGAAUCUGAUUGCAACUUCGUUGAUCUUGCUUCAGUUACUCCUUUUGCAAGUGCUGGGUUAUUUAGUAAAUUAUCAUUCUGGUGGUUGAAUCCUUUGAUGAAGAAAGGCUAUGAAAAGCCACUGGAAGAGAAAGACAUUCCUUUGUUGGGCAAAGAAGACCAAGCGGAGAGCCGCUACUUUUUGUUUUUGGAGCGGUUGAAUAAGCUAAAGCAGAAGCAACGCACUGCUUCUCCUUCUGUUUUAAGGGUGAUAGUAUCUUGCCACUUAGAUCAAAUUUUAGCAUCAGGGUUCUUUGCACUGCUUAAGGUUCUAACACUCUCUGCCGGUCCUCUGCUACUUAAAUCUUUCAUUAAUGUAUCAGUAGGAAAAGGAACUUCUAAAUAUGAAGGUUUUGUAUUGGCCAUCGCUUUGUUUCUGGCAAAAGUUCUAGAAUCGUUAUCACAGAGGCAAUGGUUCUUCCGAACUAGAAGGUUAGGACUGCAAGUGCGGUCUUUGUUAUCAGCAGCCAUAUAUCAGAAGCAGCUCAGGCUGUCAAACUCAGCCAAACUGGCCCAUUCUUCUGGAGAGAUAACGAACUAUGUUACCGUUGAUGCUUACAGAAUAGGGGAAUUUCCAUUCUGGUUCCAUCAAACUUGGUCCACGAGCUUCCAACUCUGUAUUGCUUUGUUAAUUCUGUAUAGUGCUGUGGGACUUGCAACGAUAGCAGCCAUGGUUGUCAUAAUAGUAACAGUUCUAUGCAAUGCUCCACUGGCGAAGCUGCAGCACAAGUUUCAGACAAGGCUUAUGGGUGCUCAGGAUGAGAGGCUGAAAGCUUUGUCAGAAGCGUUGGUGAACAUGAAAGUGCUGAAGCUAUAUGCAUGGGAAACACAUUUCAGGAAGGUUAUAGAAGGCCUGAGACAAGUAGAGUGCAAGUGGCUUAAAGCUUUUCAGCUUCGAAGAGCUUAUAAUAGCUUCUUAUUUUGGUCUUCUCCUGUACUUGUAUCUGCUGCUACUUUCUCAACUUGCUAUUUCCUUAAAAUUCCUCUUAAUGCAAGCAAUGUAUUUACUUUUGUGGCCACAUUACGCCUUGUUCAAGACCCAGUUAGACAAAUUCCUGAUGUUAUUGGGGUAGUUAUACAAGCCAAGGUUGCAUUUGCUCGAAUAGUUAGAUUCCUCGAUGCGCCUGAGAUCAAAACCAGGAAGCACUCCAUGAAUAUCAGGAAACCGAUAGAGAUCAGUUCAGCUAGCUUUUCAUGGGAUGAACAUUUUUUGAAACCUACAUUAAGGAAUAUAAACCUUGAGAUCUCCACUGGUCAGAAGGUGGCAAUUUGUGGUGAGGUUGGAUCAGGAAAAUCAACUCUUUUGGCAGCAGUUCUUGGAGAAAUUCCUAAAACAGAGGGCAUGGUUCAUGUUUCUGGAAGAAUUGCAUAUGUUUCCCAGAAUGCUUGGAUUCAGACUGGUACGCUGAGGGAAAAUAUUCUAUUUGGCUCCAUAAUGGAUGAACAAAAAUACCAGGAAACUCUGAAAAGAUGUUCCUUAGUAAAGGAUAUUGAGAUGUUAACUUAUGGAGACUUAACUGAAAUUGGUGAAAGGGGAGUAAAUCUCAGUGGUGGACAGAAACAGCGUGUUCAGCUUGCCCGAGCACUGUAUCAGGAUGCAGAUAUAUAUCUCCUGGAUGAUCCUUUCAGUGCUGUUGAUGCUCAUACUGCCACCAGCCUUUUCAAUGAAUAUGUCAUGGGUGCUCUUUCGUCCAAGACUGUCUUGUUAGUAACUCAUCAGGUGGAUUUUCUUCCGGUGUUCAACACUACUUUGCUGAUGUCGGAUGGAGAAUUUAUUUCUGCUGCUUCUUUUCAUGAAUUACUGGCUUCGAGCAAAGAAUUUCAGGAACUUGUCAAUGCCCACAGAAAUACUGUUGGUGCUGAAACGCUUUAUCAACUAGAUUCUGAUAAAAGAAACAAAACAGCUACCAUAGAGAUCAAUAAUAAUGAUGAUGGGGUAAAGCAGCCAAAACCAGAAAGCACAAUUGGAUUGGAUCAGUUGAUCCAGAAAGAAGAAAGAGAAUCAGGAAACACUGGGAUGAAGCCUUACUUGCAAUACUUGUCCCAGAACAAGGGCUUUUUGCUUGCCUCACUAUCAGCGCUUUCUCAUGCCAUAUUCAUGGCUGGUCAGAUUUCCCAAAACUCAUGGAUGGCUGCUAAAGUUCAAAACCCUGAAGUGAGCAUGUUGAAAUUGAUCUCAGUGUACUUGGCCAUAGGAUUUGGCACAGUGUUCUUUCUGUUAUCCAGAUCCAUAUUUGUUGUUGCUCUGGGAAUGGAGUCAUCAAGAUCUCUUUUUUCUCAGCUCUUAAUCUCUCUGUUUCGUGCACCAAUGUCAUUCUUUGAUUCGACACCUCUAGGAAGGAUUCUUAGUCGGGUCUCAUCUGAUCUGAGUAUUGUUGAUCUAGAUGUGCCAUUUGCUUUGAUUUUUAGCUUCAGUGCAACAGUCAAUGCAUAUAGCAACAUUGGGGUGCUUUCUGGUGUUGUCUGGCAAGUUUUGUUUGUUGCUGUGCCUUUGAUCUACCUAACCAUCCUUUUGCAGAGGUACUAUCUAGCUUCGGCAAAAGAGUUGAUGCGAAUUAAUGGCACCACCAAAUCUUUGGUAGCAAAUCAUCUCGCUGAAUCGGUUUCAGGAGUGGUUACAAUUAGAGCCUUUGAAGAGGAAGAUAGAUUCUUUGCUAAAAGCUUGGUUCUUAUUGACAAAAAUGCCAGUCCAUAUUUUCAUAACUUCGCUGCUAGUGAAUGGUUGAUCCAGCGUUUGGAGACCAUGAGUGCUGUUAUUCUUUCUUCAUCAGCUCUUGUCAUGGCUAUGCUUCCUCCAGGAACGUUCAGCCCUGGCUUUGUUGGGUUGGCACUAUCUUAUGGCCUAUCUUUAAAUAUGUCACUUGUUUUCUCAAUACAAAAUCAGUGCACACUUGCAAAUUACAUCAUCUCUGUAGAGAGACUAAACCAAUAUAUGCAUGUUGCAAGUGAGGCUCCUGAAGUCAUUGAAAGCAACCGGCCGGCUCCAAAUUGGCCGGCUAUUGGGCGUGUAGAGCUCCAUGAUCUUCAGAUCAGAUAUAGGCCAGACACUCCUCUUGUCAUUCGGGGAAUCAGUUGCAUUUUUGAAGGAGGGGACAAGAUUGGAAUAGUAGGUAGGACUGGAAGUGGGAAGACUACAUUGAUUGGUGCUUUGUUUCGACUGGUUGAACCUGCAGGAGGGAGGAUUAUAAUUGAUGGCAUUGAUAUUGCCAAAAUUGGUCUUCAUGAUCUAAGAUCGCGUUUUGGAAUCAUUCCUCAGGAUCCCACCCUAUUCCAUGGGUCAGUCAGAUACAACCUUGAUCCCUUAGAGGGAUAUACAGAUCAGCAAAUAUGGGAGGUUCUUGAGAAAUGUCAACUUCGAGAAGCUGUCCAGGAGAAAGGAAGCGGCCUAGAUUCACUAGUGGUUGAAGAUGGAUCAAACUGGAGCAUGGGACAGCGACAGUUAUUUUGCUUGGGCAGGGCUCUGUUAAAGAAAAGCCGCAUACUGGUGCUUGAUGAAGCCACAGCAUCAAUUGACAAUGCCACUGAUGCCAUCCUCCAAAAGACUAUACGAACAGAAUUUGCAGACUCCACAGUCAUUACUGUUGCCCAUAGAAUUCCAACUGUAAUGGAUUGUGCUAUGGUUCUUGUCGUUGGUGAUGGUAAAUUGAUAGAGUAUGAUGAACCAUUGAAACUCAUGAACACAGAAGGAUCUCUAUUCCGGGAGCUUGUCAAUGAGUAUUGGUCCCACACUGCAAAUACAAAUAUGUAGUUAGCACAAAGAUAUGCCAGUUUCCCAAUCUAUCAAGCACAAGAAGACUUAAGAAGCUGUAUGUGAAUUCAAACUAAAGUUUCUGGAAGUUUACAGUGCAGAUUGCAGCUGUUGAGAAUGUGCUCAUGAAGUUGUAAGAAAGACUUGAGUGCCCGUUUAUUGAUGAAGAUCAUAAUUGCCAACAGUUUUGCAGGGAUAGAAAUAUUACCAGGAAUUUGUAAGUCUUUAUUAUAUAUUUUCAGAUUUACAUGUGUAUUUGCAAGUCUAUACCAUUUAUAGAAAGGCUUGUGCUUGGAAAUACGCAUCUCAAUGUCAAAUGGGUGAUCAUGAACGAUUCUGCUUACAGGAAUUUCUAUGAGGAAUUCUUAUAUGAUUUUUGUCUGUUCUAGAUAUAGCCACAACAAUUCUGUAAGAUAGGCAUAUGAUAAUGAUUUGUUUGCCAACUGUAUUUA